CCAUGGGCUGCAGCCGUUGACUCCAACCACUAUUUAGCAAACUGACUACAGCAGCCCAUUCUCCAUCGAACCCGUGCAUCAGAUAACGGAAUUUAACCGGGUACCUCAAACAGACUUACACAGCCUUUCCUGUCGUGGUUGAGGAGGUGCAAUCAAAGGAGGGGUUUCGUGCAUGAUGACAGCAUGAAUGAACAGGGGCAGUGCAUAAUAAACCAGCCCUGGAUGGCACCCAGCCUGCAGAACGGCCCCCAACCAUAAAGGGGGCGGAAUUUAUACCAUCCUGGAGGAGCAAGAGGCUUUUAUUCAUGAUGGGUGGGGACAUCAGCAUGAAGAUAUGUCCUCUGAUCAUGUAUUUUGACUCGAUAACGUCUCCUAUGUGAGCUUCAACCCAUCAUGUCUACUAUAGGGUUAACAUUAGAAUCGGCCAAAGUCUCCAAGCAUGUGUUUUUGGGUAUGCUAUGGGCUUUUACCGGUGCCUCCGGUCUCUUCGUCGUCUUUCGCAUCCUCAUCCGAUUAGUCUCCUUCCGUCGCCUUUUCCUCGACGAUUUCUUCGUUUUGCUCGCAUGGGCGAUUAUGCUGACAACCGCGAUCAUCUGGCAAAUUGAAGCGCAGGUGCUUUACGAUCUAUAUGCUGUCAGCUCUGGCAUGAAGCCAUACACUCCCGAUAUCUUACCGCGAUUCGGCACCUUCAUUCGUUUUAUUGCUCCUCUGACUAUUUUGUUUUACGCCGGUCUCUGGUGUAUCAAGUUCGCAUUCCUGACGUUUUUCCGUCGGCUUGGUUCUAAAAUCAAGAGCCACCGUGUUUGGUGGUUCGUUGUCUUGUUCGUCACUAUUGGCGUCUGGAUCUCAUCAGUUGCCGACAUCGACUACAAAUGCAGCGUUGGAGAACUGGAGUAUAUACUGAGCCAAUGCUCGUCUCACGCCCAUGUCCAUUACGAGAACCGCACAUUUUGGGCCAACUGCGCUGGGGAUGUUGUAACCGACCUGAUGAUCCUAUCCAUUCCCAUUCUCAUCCUGUGGAACACCCGGAUCUCGCUCCGUAAGAAGCUUAUUCUCUUCAGCGUUUUCUCCGCCACAAUCUUGAUCAUGGUCAUUGCUGUCAUCCGGGUUGUCAUCAAUAAUUCCCUCAAUAGUAGCGUGGAUAUCUCUUGGUUGUAUUUCUGGAGCUUCAUUGAGAUGGGAACUGGUAUUAUCAUUGCCUGUAUCGCCUCGUUCCGACAGCUAUUCGUCACUUCGCAAAACCAGCACCUAUAUGGCAAGGCCGUCUACAGGACGCCAUACAGUCCGUUAUUGAACCGAGCCCAGAAGGCAUACGGCUGGACACGUUCACGGUCUACGGGGGACAGCGAGUCUCAGACGAGUAACACAAACAUACUGCCGCUAGAUUCGGUGCAUGUUCGGAGCGAUUAUGAUGUGGUUAGCUUUCCAGCUAAGGCUCAAAGUCAUCACCGUAAUGAAUUUUAGUUGAAGAUAAGACGGGCUUGGUUGUCUCCUAGAGCUACUUCAACUCAUGAAGCCGUCCCUGUACAAGUAUGUAUGCAAACAAUACCAUCUCAUGCAGAGGGAA